AUGGUCAGUACCGCAGCAGAUCAGGUCAAGGCGUGUUAUCGUUAUUCAUCAUCACGCCCUUGCUUCUCCUUGCAGGCACCUACGCGCAAGGCCAAGGCCAGAACAGGCGGCGGCGCGCCAGCGUCAUCGAGCGCAGCCGGCGCCAAACGAGCCAAGGCCGGGGGAGGCACAGGAAUCGCAAAGGUGGGCAGAGCGGGCAGAGCGGGCAGAGCGGUACGAGAUGGAACGACUAGUAGAUCUGAUGCGAUCACCUCACUUCCGUCCAGGCCGAUUGGAAGGAAGGCUUCAAGAAGAAGCAGGCCGGCGUGAGCGACAUGACGCUCCUGUCGACCAUCUCCAACGAUGCCAUCAACGACAACCUCAAAAAGAGGUCAGCACACCGCUUCUCUUCUCUAUCCGACCCUAUUACUGCGUACUGAACCCUUUCUCCUGGUCCGUCAUCAGGUUUGAGAAUGCAGAAAUCUACGCAAGUUCCCCCUUCCCCCACCCCACGUCAGACCACGCCGUGGUGUGCUGACCCCACACACCGUACUCUUCUCUUCCACAGACCUACAUCGGACACGUUUUGAUUUCGGUCAACCCCUUUCGCAUGCUUCCCAUCUACACCGACGAGGUGCUGCACUCGUACCGAGGCAAGAACCGUCUCGAGAUGGCCCCCCACGUCUACGCGAUCGCCGAGUCGGCCUACUACCACAUGAUCUCCUACAAGGAGAACCAGUGCGUCAUCAUCUCGGGUGAAUCUGGUGCGGGCAAGACCGAAGCCGCCAAGAGGAUCAUGCAGUAUAUCGCUGCCGUUGCGGGCGGUCAGGGCAUCGACGGCGUCAAGGAGAUGGUCCUCGCGACGAACCCUCUCUUGGAGUCGUUCGGUUGUGCAAAGACGUUGAGGAACAACAAUUCGAGUCGACAUGUGAGUGCGGAUAGGCUUCUUGGCUCGAAUACUUUGAACUGUGGUGCUGACAUGCUGAUGCGACGCUCCUAGGGCAAAUACCUCGAAAUCGAGUUUGACGAUCAUGGGGGACCUGUCGGAGCCGUCAUCACCAACUAUCUGCUCGAAAAGGUGAGUCUGAUGGAACUUUUGUACAUUCGAUUCAGAGCUGAUACGGUUCCGACCCUCUCUCCCCACAGAAUCGAGUCACGGGUCAAAUCAACUCGGAGCGAAACUUCCACAUCUUCUACCAGCUCACCAAGGGUGCCUCGGCAGCGCAACGUGAUGCGUAUGGUCUCCAAGGGCCCCAGGCCUACGCCUACACCUCGAAAUCGAAGUGUCUCGAGGUCCCCGGGAUCGACGACGUGCAGGACUGGGCCGACACGCUCAAGGCGAUGGACGUCAUCGGCAUCUCCAAGCAGGAGCAGGAUGACAUGUUGCGACAGCUCGCGGCCGUCUUGUGGAUCGGGAACGUGCAAUUCGGCAUCGCCGACGAUGGCAAUGCAUUCGUACAAGACCAGACCGUGACCGAGUUCGUGGCUUACCUUUUGGAGGUCGACGCCACGCUCGUCAACAAGGCCUUGACGAGUCGUGUGAUGGAGACCCAGCGCGGUGGUCGGCGAGGAUCGGUCUACGAGGUACCUCUCAACCCGGCCCAAGCUUCGUCGGUGCGCGAUGCGUUGGCGAAAGCGAUCUACAACAACCUGUUCGACUGGAUCGUUGAGCGCGUUAACAAGUCGAUGAAAGCCAAGGCUCCGACCUCGCACAUCAUUGGUGUGCUUGACAUAUACGGCUUUGAAAUCUUUGACACGAACCAGUUUGAACAAUUGUGCAUCAACUACGUCAACGAGAAGUUGCAGCAGAUCUUCAUCCAGUUGACGCUCAAGACCGAGCAGGAGGAGUACGUGCGCGAGCAGAUCAAGUGGACCCCGAUCGACUACUUCAACAACAAGGUCGUGUGCGAUCUCAUCGAGGAGAAACGACCGCCUGGGGUCUUUGCUGCCCUCAACGAUGCUUGUGCCACGGCCCAUGCGGACCCGACCGCCGCUGAUGGCUCGUUCGUGCAGCGUCUCGGAGGUGUCUCGAGCCCGCAGUUUGAGUCGCGUGGAUCCAAAUUUCUCGUUCGUCACUACGCCGGAGAUGUCAUGUACACCGUCGCGGGCAUGACGGACAAGAACAAGGAUGUCCUCCUCAAAGACCUGCUCGACUUGAUCGCCUCGUCCAAGAACCGCUUUUUGCAAGGCCUCUUCCCCGAUCGACCCGACCCGGACUCCAAGAAACGACCACCGACGGCCUCGGACAAGAUCAAGGCCUCGGCGAACGCGCUCGUCGAAAAGCUCAUGCGUUCGCAACCUUCGUACAUCCGUACGAUCAAACCCAACCAAAACAAGAGCCCGACCGAAUACGACUCCAAGGCGAUCUUGCAUCAGAUCAAGUACCUCGGCUUGCAAGAGAACAUUCGCGUGCGACGAGCCGGAUUCGCAUACCGCAACUCGUUCGAGAAGAUGGUUGAGAGGUUUUACCUCCUCUCUCCCGCGACGUCGUAUGCGGGCGAUUACAUUUGGCAAGGCGAUUCGAGAUCGGGUUGUGAGCGCAUCCUCCGGGAUACGGGCAUCGCCAAGGAGGAAUGGCAAAUGGGUACGACCAAGGCCUUCAUCAAGAACCCAGAAACGCUCUUUGCGCUCGAACACAUGCGCGAUAGGUAUUGGCACAACAUGGCCUCGCGCAUCCAACGAGCAUGGCGUGGGUAUCUGCGCUACAGGGACGCGUGCGCGCGCAAGAUCCAACGCUUCUGGAUGAGUAAGAAGGAAGGGAUCGCCCUCGCAGCUUUGCGAGACUAUGGUCACCAAGUCUUGGGAGGCCGAAAGGAACGUCGUCGAUAUUCGUUGCUCAGUAUGCGUCGCUUCCAGGGUGACUAUCUCGGCGUGGGCCAGGCCGGCCCUCAGGGCCAAUCGCUGCGAAGCUCGGCUGGUAUCGGAUCGGGAGAGGCCGUCGUCUUCUCAGCUCGUGCUCAAUUGCUCGUGUCGAAGCUGGGUCGAUCGUCCAAACCUAGCCCUCGCUACUUGAUCCUCUCGGACAAGGCCGUCUACGUCCUUAUCACCCAAGUCGUCAACGGACGAGCCUCGACCACCCUGGAGCGCAAGAUCCCUCUCAUCACGAUCCGUAGCAUCGGAUUCUCCCAACUACGCGAUGAUUGGUUCGCCAUCAACGCUGGAAUCUCCGAGGAAGGUGAUCCCUUGCUUCACUGCUACUUCAAGACCGAGUUUGUGACGCACUUGAUGCAACGCACCAAUGCCGCCGUUCAAGUCUUGAUCGGACCUACAAUCGCCUACGCCAAGAAGAAGGAUAAGCAGGCGCAGAUUACGUUUAAGAAGGACGAGAGCAUCCGCAAGGACGACGUUUACAAGUCGUCCUCCGUGAGCGUUCCGAGUGGGGAACCUGCUUCGAGCCAAUCGAGACCACCAGUUCCGAGGAAAGCUCGGGCUCCUCGAGCGGCCACAAACAACAGGGCACCCCGGGCACCUGCAGCAGCUGUGAGUGCAAGCAUAUCGGGAACACCUCGAGCGAGGCAACUGACCAGCUGCCUGUGUCUACAGAAACCCAUGGGUCGAGCAACACCGCAGGCCCGAACUCUGCCCUCGGGCGGGUCUUCUUCCAUCCCAGCUGCUCCCGCCGUUCGGGCCCAAGCUCCCGCCGCACCUUCCGCGGGUCGGGCAGCACCACCUCCUCCUUCAAGGAGUGCUGCGCCCCCACCACCUCCUGCGGCACCCGAAAAGGAACAAUGGAAAGCGUGAGUCCGGCUGUGAUGGCCUGGUCGCUAUUUCGCUUGGUCCUAACAUCUAGUACCGAUUCAUGCCUGUUUAGCCUCCACAACUUUGAGACGAACCAACCUGGCGAGAUGGCAUUGAAGAAGGACGACGUGCUCGAUGUGGUAACAAAGGAUGAUGGUGGUUGGUGGCUCGUCAAAAAAGCGGGCCAAGAAGGUUGGGCACCCUCAAACGUGAGUGGGCUUGCCAGCCGCGCUAGGUGUUCUAGCUUCGAACUUACACGACAAUACACGAUUCACAGUAUCUUCAAUUCAUCCCACCCAAACCCCGAGCUGCUCCGGCGGCCCCAGCUGCUCCUUCCCGACGUGCUCCCCCCAUCGCCCCAGCAGCAGCUCCUUCAGCCCCAGUACCUCAAUCCGCAGCAGGUCGAGCGCCGGCAGCUCCUCGAGCUCCGAUGGCUCACUCCGUUGCCGCCGACCCGAACGCGGCCCCGGUCUCCGUGUUCGGGUCGGGUGGCCCAGGUGGACUUGCGGCAAUUUUGGCGGCGAAGCGAGCAGCUGCCGAGAAUGGCGGUUUGAGCAGUCACGACUCGCCUGCGAGCUCGACUGGCAACUCUCCGGCCAACUCGAGACCUGGCUCUGGCCUUGGUGGGUUGAAGUGCCUCCUCUGCUGCUUACAAUCUACCAGAGUACUCACGAGGCUUUUGGUAUAUUACAGGAAAGCCCAUGGCGCCACCCAAGCCGGGUCCCAAGCCAUCACUCGCACCUAA